AUGCGUAAGUUUGGCGCGAUUCUGUCGCAUGUCGCAGGUGACCUUCUUCCACUGACACGCGAUCAUGUGCGCACAGCUGGCGAUCCAGUACCAGUGGGGAAGAAGCGCAGAUAUAGGCCCGGGACCCGUGCGCUGCGCGAGAUCAGGAGAUACCAGAGCAACACCGACCUGCUCCUCCUCAAGCUGCCCUUUGCACGACUUGUCCGCGAGAUUGCAUCGACAUUCCGACCACGCGACAUGGAGUUCCGGUUCCAAUCGCAGGCCAUCCAGGCACUGCAGGAGGCGGCAGAGGCCUUCCUAGUGCAUCUGUUUGAGGAUACAAACCUGUGCGCCAUUCACGCCAAGCGAGUCACCAUUAUGCAGAAGGAUAUUCAGCUCGCGCGGCGAAUACGCGGCGUAUGGGGAGGGGCUGGAUGGAUAUGA